CGGGAAGGAUUUGCUCACAAAGGAAGACAUAGGAGUAAGGCAUGACAGCACCGGUAUUGUUAAGCACAUAUCCGGCCUCGUCGAGUGGGAGAGUAACAUGACUGACUCUGUCCCCAUCCCGAAUACCAACUCGGCUGCGAGAGAGAAAGUGGUUGUAACGGAAGACGAAGCGGCGCCGUCAGCUCUACAAGCACCAGCAGCGAUCGGGGAGGGAAGCGGCUCAGUACCAACCCCGUCCACAACGCCUUCCGCCACGAAAAAGAAGGUCCGUCGAAUCGUUCGCAAGAAAGGCUCCGCAAGGGGCAAAAACAAAAAGGACGAUGAUUCCGACGUGGUCAAUCCUAUCCUUUUGGAAAAGGUGAUGAACGAAUCGAAUCUACCAAAGGCGUACUCGUUCGAGGUUGUUAAAACCCUCAAGCGGAUCAACCAGAUCUUGCAGGGCAAAAAGGAACAGCAGAGAAAGAAGGGAUCAGGAGAAACGGUUUCUUCUACGAAGGAUUCUCCAAGUGUUCACGUUGCCCUCCAGAUGCCGGAGGGUUUGUUGCUGUACGCAACGGUUCUUUCGGAUGUUUUGCAGCGAUUGGUUGCGGCAACCAACGAGGGGCCGGCCGAGACUGCUACCGAGGACCAGCAGCCCCUGCUCCGGGUUUCGGUUCUUGGUGACGUGACAUACGGUGCCUGCUGCGUUGACGAUUUGGGCGCACAGGCACUGGGAUGCGAUCUCCUCGUCCACUACGGGCAUUCUUGUCUGGUUCCCAUUCAGCACACAGUAGUUCCUUGCCUUUACGUGUUUGUGGAAAUCACCAUUGACGUCAAGCACCUGGUGGAGUGCUUUCACAAAACCAUCCUCGAAAAUCCCUCUCUGAUGGAUGGCAGCGGUAGAAAACCCCACGUCUAUUUGCUGGGAACGAUUCAGUUUCGCCACGCCCUCAUGGAAGCCAGGCGGUUGCUUCGGUCCGAACCCUACGAAUACGAGCUCUCGAUUCCGCAGGCAAAACCCUUGUCUCCCGGGGAAGUCCUUGGGUGCACGUCGCCCGCUCUGGCGAACCAGCGGGCUUCCGAGGAAAGCAAUCCGAACGCUGUCGUCUUGUUUGUGGCCGACGGGCGCUUUCACCUGGAAUCGACCAUGAUCUCCAACCCGCACAUUGCGAAAUUCUACCGCUACGAUCCAUACCCUAAGACCCUCACGGAAGAAUCCUACGACCACGUCAGAAUGAAGAGCAUGCGGUACGAGGCCAUCCAAAAAGCCCGCCUCCGGAUCCAGAGCAAGAAAGAAGAGCAGCCCCAGGGUACCGCCGUAUUUGGAAUCAUCCUGGGAACCCUGGGCCGGCAGGGAAACCCGGCCCUCCUGACGAAGAUCCAAACGCAGCUCCGCCGGAAGAAUCUCCGGAGCUUUGUCAUUCUGGCCUCGGAGAUCACCCCCUCCAAGCUGGCCCUCUUUCGGAAAAAGGUGGACGCCUGGGUGCAGAUCGCCUGCCCGCGCCUGAGCGUCGACUGGGGGCACGCCCUCAGCGGCGACGCGAGCAUCCCGGUGCUGAAUCCCUACGAGCUCUUUGUCUGCCUGGACCAGGCCCACUGGAGGGGCGGGGACGACCAGUCCUACCCGAUGGACUACUACAGCCAGGAAGGAGGGCCGUGGAGCAACUACCACGACGUGGACAACAAGGGCCGCGAGCUGACUCUUCCAGAGCCGGUCACGGCAGAAGUUGCGGCCGGGGUGUGAGUCGACGGACUUGCUACGAGCGAACGAGCGAGCACAUUGUUUGGAGUUCUCGGGUGCCCCGCCACGCCAUGCAAUGCAGAGGAAGGCAAAUCCGCGCAACUCAACUCGUGCCUGGGAAGCAGCAGAGUGUGUGACUACCGAGGUAUGUCGAACCGAAACGCAACUUUUGUUUGGUUUUUGCUUUUUUGUGAUCGCGAGAGGUCUGCCUCCGAGAAAACAGAUUCCGUUGGGCUUCCCUUCCUGUUGUUUCGUUCGAUCGUGUUCUGUUGUUUGAUCACUCCGCUGUGUUUCGGUUUUGGCUUGUGCGUGAACUCAUUCGAGGCUACCCAGCACACCAUGGGUUUUCUCAUCCAUAUUCGCGCAAGAGGAACUACUUUGUAUUUCCAUGUUUCACUUUGUCCAUCCAUGUUUUUCGAUCAAGAAAGUCUUUUUCUUUUUCACCCCGUCGUGUUUGGAUCAUUUCAUUGGGAACAAUUCUAAGUUGUGUCGCUAUUGUAUGUUACAGAACGGUACUGAGAGACGAUGGAAACUCACACGCAUGAAUUAUCACUGUCUUCUUUUCUCUGGCUGGCGGUUUAGUUUGCUCUUUGCAAGACGUAGGGAACGAACGAGAGAAGAAGCGAACGGUCGAAGUAACCAACCGACAGGGUGCAUCCGGAUACGUGCCAAAAAGCACGUCCACUGCAACCAGCACCUCGUGCUGAAUGRCAUGCAUGCUUCGUUCUCGGAGACACAUUCCUCUGGCCGAAACAAUCCCAGCGAGCGAGGCUACGAAAAUCUCUUUUAGGUAUCGCAUCGAAAGGAGGAAACACAGACGACGACGAUGACGACCCAUCUCGGCGUGGAAAGACAAACAAAGCUCGCUAUUGUUUCGCGAAAGGAUGCGAAUUGCUAAGAUUAACGCGCAGUAUCGCCGUGCUAUUCGAUAUUCGUACUAUAAACAAUCCUUUGCACUUCCCCUACUACUUCUAGUACUGUUGAUUCUUAUUGUUGAGUUUUCCAAUAACAAUGUAGACACAAC